GUUUCAGGACACCGGAAGCGCGCGGGCGGCAAACAUGGCGUCAGCGGCGCUGGCGCUGAGGAUGCGGGCGGCUGCUUCCGCCCUGCUGAGCAUCCCCCAGCCUGCUGCUCUUACCGUCAGACACGCGUCCAAGAAGACGGGUGGCAGCUCCAAAAACCUGGGUGGAAAGUCCCGGGGCAAACACUAUGGCGUCAGGAAGUUGGACGGUGACUACGUGCAUGCUGGCAACAUCCUUGCGACUCAGCGCCGCCUUCGCUGGCACCCAGGCGCCCACGUGGGGCUGGGGAAGAGGAAGUACCUGUACGCCCUGGAGGAGGGCACCGUCCGCUUCACCAAGGAGGUCUACGUGCCCAACCCCAAAGACGCAGACGCGGUAGAUCUGGUCACCAGGCUGCCCAAGGGCGCUGUGCUCUACAAGACCUUCGUCCACGUGGUCCCCGCCAAGCCCGAGGGCACUUUCAAACUGGUGGCCUUGCUUUGAGUUCCUGGCGAAGGCCUUUGGACAGAUGACAGGAGAAGGUGGACCAGUCAUCAGGGGUGGGUGCCGACAAGGCCUCCCGAGGACGGACGGCGUUCGGCGUUCACCCCGGACAACAGAGACUGGGCUGGCUCCAGGGAAGGCCUCUGGGCCCUUGACCUGGGCUCCUAAUAAAGCUCACUGCAGCCCUGGGACCAGCCUGGCUGGCACUGCUCACUGUC